AUGAGCAACGUUAUCAAGAAGGUCUUCAACACCGACAAGGCUGAGAACGAGGCUUCCAAGGUCGCCUCGGACGCUGGCAACACCACCAGCGAGGGCAAGUCUGGCCUCGGCGGUUUCGGCCAGAAGGGCCAGGAUGCUCUCUCGGGCUUCACUGGUAAGGGCCAGGAUGCCACUACCGGUGCUGCCGGCAAGGGCGAGUCGGUCCUCGGUGACGCCAAGGACAAGGUCACUGGCAUCGUCCCCGGCCUCGGCAACCACCAGCAGGCUGCCCCCGAGGGUGCGCACACCACCUCGACCGGCGCUACCUCGACCGGCGCUGCUGCCACCCACGCUCUUAACAACCAGAGCGCCUCGACUGGCCUGACUGGCUCGAACGCUCCCCAGUCGGCCACUGCCACUACUGGUGUGCACCCCUCGGAGUCGGCCUACGCCAACCGCAGCUCGAACCUCACCCAGACCUCGAGCGUUAACUCGGGUGUCAACGUGGCUGCCGGCAACGUCGACCAGGACGUCCAGCACCUCGCCCCCGUGACCAAGCACAUUGCCCACCGUCACGAGAUCGAGGAGCUCCACCGCGAGCGUGAGCACCACAUUCACCAGCACCACAUCCAGCACCACGUGCAGCCCGUGCUGGACGCUGAGCACCUUGCUGAGCAGCUCCACUCGCGCGUUGUGCCCGCCACGACCAUCCGUGAGGUGCACGCCAACACCGACAAGGACGCUGCCCUGCUCCGCUCGGUUGCUGGCAACCCCAAGGAUUCGUUCACCCAGGCCGCUACCGACCGCUCGAUCAUCGACAAGGGUGAGGCCGUCCGCGAGAUUGUGCACCACCACAUCCACAACAUCGUGCAGCCCAUCAUCGAGAAGGAGACCCACGAGUACCACCGUAUCCGCACCACCAUCCCGACCACGCACAUCACCCACGAGGCCCCGAUUGUGCACGAGUCGACUGCCCACCAGCCCAUCCGCAAGGAGGACUUCGUGAAGGGCGGCGGUGUGCUCACCUCGAACACCCGCUCGAUCGACGAGGCUGGCCUCCUCAACCUCGGCUCGCACCAGCGCUCGGUCGAGGGUGAGACCUACAGCGGCGGUGCCCCCUGGUCGUCUUAA